GUGGCGACUCAAGCGCAAGACCCGAAGAAUAUGGAAACUGUUCCGAUAAUGAGACUGGUUGUGUUCACGAUUUGUGUUUUGAUUACAAAUAUCUCGGUGCCAUGCAGUGGGGGACAUUUAUCGCAGCUCUAAGCACACAAUUAAGUCUCUAUCAUCUGUGAACCUGAACAAAUAUUCGUAGAUUACAACUAUCUCGGUGUCUUGCACGGGGAGAUGUUUGUCGCGGCCGGGCCCUAAGAAUACAGUUAAGCUUUCCAGCCAUGCUGUAGUCGCACAGUGAUGGAACCUGAGGAGUCGGUGGUGAGUGUGUACACCACACAUCCUACCACGUCCGGUACUAACCCACCACUCGACGUCUACCAUCAGAUUGCGAAUAAUAUUGCUGAGAGGAUCACUUCGCCUAUUUACAGAUUUCUUGGUAUAGCGAAUCAUACACAAGAAAAAACAACGAAGAAACCAUGGGACAAAAUAGAAAUACUAGAUGACCCUGAUGAAGCGACCAAACCCGACUUAAAACCUCUUGACAACGACAUCUCUCAACGAGAUGUCGAAGAAAUAACCUCGGAGGCAAAGAAAUCCAACAAACCAGAGAAAUUCACCCUAUUCUCUAGUUAUUUGCCAGUUAAAAACGAAACGAAUGAUGCAGAAGGAAUCGAUGACGAUUUAUUAAGUCUAGAUGAUGUGGAAGAAGUAGAGAAGCCAAGAGAAGGACCUAUAAUAUACAUAUUGGAGUUCUUCGGAAGCAUAUUCCAAUUACUUUUGGGCGGCUUUUACAAUCUUUUCAGGCCUUCUUCGAGCUAAGAUAAGGUUUAAAGUGUGGUAAACAACAAAAGUAGAAAAAAGAGACACGAGAGUUCUCUUUUCGAAAUCUUUUUAACAGCGGAGUUUAAGAUCUUAUGUGUUUUACUGGGAGUUCUUAUUAGUUAUUAUAUUAUGUUUUCAGUAUUACUUUCUCUGUCUUAUAACAAGUCUUCAAAGUGUUUUAUAAUCGCACCUCCUAUUCUGUUUUUUCUUCUUCAUACCUAUUUAUUGGGAUAUAAUAUUCAUAAAUUACCCCACUUAUAAAGAGGCUAAUGCAGUUAAUUCGCAUAAAAAUAUUAAGACAAAAGUACCUAAUUUAAACAAACAUUUAUUACUAUUUGUAUGCUCGUAGACAUUCAUGAUCAUUUAACAUUGAGUGAUGCUAUAUAUUAUAAACUUACUUAAGAACAAAAUAGCAGUAAUACCAAAUUUUAACUGAUCAUUCUUAAGAUUAUGUAAAUAAUUUUAAUUAUCCACCUAAAUAUUCAGUUAGAUUAAGUAUUUAUUUUUGUCAGUAAUAAAAACCAAAAAGUAUGCUAUAUACAUUACGAGCUUUGUAACCUAUGGUGUCGCUUCAUUUAUUAACGUCUAUUUAAAUUUUCGCAAUCUAGUUAUUAUUAAGAAGCACCGUAUUUGUACAUCUGGAAUAAUCUGGAAUGUUUAUGGAAAGUGAUCACUUACCAGGUGAUCUAGUUGUUCUUUGCCGGUCUAUGCAUUAAACAAACAAGGCAUAUAUAUUGUUGCGUAACACUUUUUUGCUAGGAUAUAUCAGUCUUAAUAAAAUAAUGACACAUUCCAAAAUUGCCAAUUUAUGGGAAUCGUCAAACACCAAAUUUCUGUUUGUGACC